GCUCGAUUAAAAUGUCUUGGUUUUGACAUGUUGGCUCGACGAUGUCGCGAUAACUUCCUACUCUGAAUACAGAAAUGUAGGAUAAUAAUUUUGAGAGCACCACCAGAGCGAACAGAAUAAUCGGAAUCUGUCAGGCGGAGUGUUGCGCACUGUGGUGCGCAUGCGUACGCGGGGUGCCAUGAAGGUAAAGGUGAUCUCCAUCCUGGAGGACAACUACAUGUACCUGGUGAUAGAGGAGCAGAGUAAACAGGCCAUAGCAGUGGACCCUGCUGUACCUCACCGGCUGCUAGAAAUAGUGAAGAGAGAGGGCUUGUCUCUGACGGCUAUUCUCACCACACACCAUCAUUGGGACCAUGCUCGGGGCAAUGAGGCUCUGCUGAAGGAGAUUCCUGGGUUGAGGGUGUACGGGGGAGACGAUCGGAUCGGGGGUCUGACGGAUAAAGUCACCAACGCUCAGGAACUCAAGUUUAACUCCAUCAAUGUGAGGUGCCUGUUUACUCCCUGCCAUACCUCUGGUCACAUGUGCUACUUUGUUUGGGAGGAUGAGUGCACUGACGCCCCUGCUGUGUUCACAGGGGAUACGCUUUUUAUCGGUGGAUGCGGGCGGUUUCUUGAGGGUACAGCCGAACAGAUGUACCACAAUCUCACCCAGGUGCUGGGAUCCCUACCUCAAGACACGAAGGUGUUCUGUGGACAUGAGUACACCAUCAAGAACCUGAAGUUUGCCAUGCUGGUGGAGCCGGAGAAUGAGAAGGUUAAAGAGAUGCUGAGCUGGGCCAGGGCGAGAGAUGAUGAUGACAAACCCACAGUGCCAUCUACCCUAAUGGAGGAGUUUGAAUACAACCCUUUUCUUCGCCUCUCGGAGGAAGGAGUGCAGAAAUUCACUGGGAAGACCGACCCCAUUGAGGUGCUGAGGGUCCUGCGGAAGGAGAAGGACAAAUUUAAGAAGCCCAAGGAGAGACUUCCUCCCCAUGCCAUGUUGGCUUUGGAGUGGGGGCUUCUCAGACCAUGAGCUCGGAACACGAAACAUACUCAGCUGUCAAGGAGGUAUAGCUUGAAAACCUGAAUGCAGCCAGACACAAGACUGUAGAGUGUGGUGUUUGAUGCUUCUACCCCAGAUUUAACCAGUUUAUACUGCUGGGUGCCUGACUGACCCUCAAAGGGGGGUUGUGUGUUGUUUUAGCUACUAUAGAACAAUAUCUGCAUAAAAAGGCCAGUGUAAAGCUGCUUCCAUUAAAUAUUCCUACAAAUGAAAUUCAUUUGAAGGCUGUCUCCCAGUCUGUAACUAACUGUAUACUAACUGUAUUUGCUAAUACUAAUUUCCUUUAAAAACUGAUGAGAUUUAUCUGUGUUUUAUGUAUUUAUUGCUUUAAUUAACUGUUUUUUGGAGAAAAAUAAGCUUAACUUCUUAAUUACUUAUUUGUAUUAGAACGUUUGAUUUCCUUGAUAUGUUUAUUUCCUGUCGGGUAACCUUGCCACUGCUCUCUCAUUUAACAUUUUGACUUAUCUCAUUAAAGUUUUCCAGUUUCUCUUUUGCUUACUUUUGCAGUUGAAAGCUAGAGAAUUAAUUCACUAUCAAAAACAAAGUGAACUUGUCUGUCAUCUACACAGUGUUUAGGACAGGUUAUCUGGUCUGUUAUAAACUGCACCACAUGGGUAGAGAGAGAUGCAGUGUACAUCACUAUGAAUGUAAAUUGCUGCUUUUCAUCCCCAAGUUUACAUCCUCACUCUGCGAGAGCUCGUAACUGUACAUCAGAGUCAAGAUGAUUCAAUAAAACAUAUCAGUCUGAAUCUA